CUGGACAACGAUGACUGGGCAACACUUUCUACCACUGUCUCCCGUUGUUCCUUCCUAUAAUGCAUGCAGACACUAGAGUGGUGGAGGAUAGUCAGAGAGAAAGCAGGGAGACCCACGUGUUUUGUCGGCAGCGGAGUUGCAGCCUUCUCACGGACUCCUAAUCGGAGCAGUAAAUUUGUUGAACGCGGCUAAAUGCCCGAGAGAGACUCAAGGAGUGCGCCGAUGGUGCGCGCGAGACGGAGUGCUUCCGUGGAUGAUGCCGUUCCCAGCUCAGAGUUCACGAUGGCGCAGGAGGAAUGUGACAGCCUCACUCGGCACUCAGGUGUCCUUGACACGGGCGGACGGCGUGCGUUCAAGUUCGGGACCGGCGGCUGGCGGAAAAGCUGCCUCCACCUUGUGCUUUUGCUCCUGCUCGCCGUCCUGGUGUUGAACUUUGCUCUGACCAUCUGGAUCUUCAGAGUGAUCCACUUCAACACAGAGGGUAUGGGGCUUCUGAAAGUGACAUCACAGGGGGUGAGUCUCCAAGGAGUGUCAGAAUUCCUCUCCUCCAUCUAUGCCCAGGAAAUUCACUCCAGGGAGGACACCCCACUUCACGUGCACUCGUCCCAAAAUGUGACACUCAGUGCCCGUGAUGGAAAAGGGGGGGCAAUGGGUAGCCUUACUGUGGCUCCACGGAUGGUGAAGGCCUACGCUGAGUUCCUCCAGGUGAAGUCGGACAAGGGCAAGUUGAUUCUCUCUGCAGAUGACAGUCGGGUGGCGGUGGGGGCAGAGAAACUUCGAGUCACAGGGCCUGAUGGUGCCCUGUUUGAGCACUCGAUAGAGACACCUCUGAUUAGAUCAGCAAACUUUGAGGAUUUACGGUUGGAGUCUCCCACUCGUUCCCUGAGCAUGGACGCCCCUAAAGGAGUCAGCGUCCACGCUGUGGCAGGAGGUGCGGAGGCCGUGUCCAACAUGGACAUCGUGCUGCUCUCCAGGGACGGAAUGGUGGUGCUGGAUGCUGGGACCUUGCGACUACCCAAACUUCCCCUGGGCACCGGGGGGAAAAGAGGAGCCACCCAGGGACUGUACGAAGUCUGCAUGUGUCCCGACGGAAGGCUGUACGCGUCUGCAGCCGGCGCGGGCUCCACGUGCCACGAGAACAGCCAGGACUGUUAGCGGACGACGGAACCGACAGAACACCCCGAAGCUGCGGAAUUAUCAACAUAUUUGUCGCAAUAUUGCAACGAUAUUGUUCAGAGACAUACCAAAAAAAAAAACAGCAAGACUGGACUUCGAAUGGUACCAAUAAAAUGUGCGGUAGGCAUAGCCUACGUCCAAAAACGAUAUGUAGCCAGCCUGUUAUUUAAUUAAUUUUUUUUUUCAUGAUAAAUAUUUUAAUGCACUCUCGUUGUUGCACAUAUGAACAAAAAUGAAAUGUCAUAAUUUAAUAACAAUAACAAAUUAAACAGGCACAUUUCAUAAUAUGGAAACUGCAGAAUAAAAAAAAGAAGCUACAGGGUGUCAUGAAAAAUUCAGUUGCUGCAGUUCUAUGUCCCAAGGGUGUAUUCACAAAUAUGGAAAGGUGUAGGACAUAAACUAUAAAGUACGCUUUCCUUUCAAAUAUGGCACCCAUUGGACCUAACUGGUUUUGCAUUCUAUGCAGCCGUCAGGCCUGAGAGCACAUAUUUUAGUGUGUGAACUGCUAGAACAGUUAUGAUUGCCACUUCAUUCAGCAGAGCAGAGGCUCAAUGUUUGCUGAAAUAUACUUGGGUUCAACUAAACUUUUAAUUCCAGUGACAGCAGGCUUUUUGUAUCAUUCAGUGCUAAUAACUUACUGCUUGUUUUCAAUUUCCCCAGUAGCUGUUAUCAUGACAAGCUUGUCACUCUGUUGUGCACCAGUAACUGUGGUAAUGGGCAGGCUUAUUUGAUUUCUGGGCGAACCUCCCAAGAUACUAAAUUAAACACAAAAAAAUGAAAUUAAUCCUCCAGAUUUGCACAGCAGCCAAUUUCGCAUGCGCACACAUUUUUAAUGAGGCACG